GCCUUUAAUUGAACCAUACGGCGCCCCUUCGAGUCACGGGGUUUCGCGUUUUUGGAUGAUUUCGAUGACGACAAUUAAUUCGUACCUACCUCUUACAAGUUUUGUCUUAUCCAGGGUGGCGUCUUCAUUAUUCGGGAAAAAAACAUGUAAACUGUUGCUUGAUUUUUAAUUCCGAUUCACUUCCAUACCUACACUACUACACUAUGUAAUGUCACCAUUAAGAUGCCUCCUUAUGUACCGCGCAAGCGACUUCGCACCCCGCCAGCAGACCGCGACAAUGCGGCUGCGAAGGAGUCGGUUAGGGGCAAAAGCACACCGGUAGCAUCUGUGCCGCCUCGCAAGAAUACCCUGUUUGACGAUCUGGAUUCAAGCUCUAAGAAAGGUUCGGCUGAAAAGACAAAGUCGGUCGUACAGCAAAUGCAUGAGGACGACGAUGAUAGUGAUGAUAGUUCCCUCACUUCCCUUUCGGAUGCUGAUUUCGAGGAUGUACCAGCCGCUAAGCGGCAGAAGGUGAAUCACGACUCGGAGGAAUCAGAAGACGAAGAUAUGGAAUUUGAAGAUGUCCCUUCACACGAAGUUCAGCAACAGGACCCUGACUUGGGGGGUGACUUAGAAUUGACAUUACACCGAGAAAACGAAAUUCCAUUAAUUAGCGAAAUGGGCAAGAAAGGUCCCUCAAAAAAAGAAAAGGCCAUUCGUAUUUCAAUACACUGUAUGCAUGUUCAACUCCUACUCUGGCAUAACGCUAUCCGGAAUUCUUGGCUUUGUGAUAAAGAAGUUCAAGCUAUCAUGAUCUCACACUUGCCCCCGAGGUUAUGGGAUGAAGUGGAUCGCUGGAGACAAAACAGCGGCUUAGAUAUCUCCGAAGAAACUCAAAAGAAGCCCACGAAGGGUAAAGCUGAUCCAAAAGGAAAAGGAAAGGCAAAGGGCAAAGAGCGAGCUUCAGGAUCAACAAGAAAUUGGAGCAAUGCAGCAGAUCGACUUGAGAAAGGCAUCCCUGAUAUGAGCCACGGUGAUCCUUUGUUACGACUUAUGAAAUGUCUCGUAUCAUGGUGGAAGCAGAGGUUUCGGAUAACUAGCCCUGGGUUGCGCAAAGUUGGUUACAUGAACGCCAGAAGACUAGGAAAGUUAACUUCAAGUUUCGAAAAAGAAGGAGAUGAUCCCAUUCGAUUCGGAGAACGGAUUAGGAAUAUCGAGGAAUUCAGGCUACGUGCCCAGGAUUGUACCGGGAGCUGCGACGUCGGAGCUCAGCUCUUCACUGCGUUAUUGAGAGGUCUUGGACUAGAAGCGCGGAUGGUAGCCAAUCUUCAGCCACUUGGGUUCGGUUGGAGUAGAGUUGAGGAAGCAGAUGAUGAAGUCAAUGCUCAAAAAGUCCGGGAUGGUACAAGCACGCCAGCCGAAUCUACACCGAAGAAACCGAACGGAAAGAAGAAGAAAGGUGUGAAGCCAGCAACCCGUCGAGUAAAGAAGGAUGAUAAGAAUGCUUUAAAGAUGGAAUUGGAUGACUCAGAUGAAUAUGCCGAUCCCCUUACCGAUGAAAGUGAUGACGACUCAUCUAUAGUUGAUGUUACGGACACUGUUCGUCCAAAGCAAGCAGGAGCAAAGAUUUAUGACAAGGACCUUGAAUUUCCUCACUAUUGGUCGGAGGUUCUUUCUCCAACAACGAAGAAAUAUCUUCCGGUAGAACCUCUCGUAAAAUCUGUUGUGGCUAGCAAUAGAGACUUGGUUGAAACACUGGUACCGCGAGGGGGCAAAGCCGACAAAGCAAAGCAGGUUAUGGCAUAUUGUAUCGGGUUUUCCCAGGACGGCACAGCUAAAGAUAUUACGGUACGGUACCUCAAGAAAAAUAUAUUCCCUGGUAAAACAAAAGGAUUCAGGAUGGCUGAAGAGAAAAUACCAGUUUACAAUGAACAUGGGAAGGUCAAACGCUAUGACCACUUCGAUUGGUUCAAGUCAGUCAUGAGAGGUUAUACUCGAGGUGAUGAAAGACAUCCAAUCACAGAAGUGGAUGAGGCGGAAGAGUCUACCGAUCUUAAACCGGCAAAGCCAGAGAAGAAAGAGGUCAAGGAAGGAGAGGAGACAUUACAGUAUUAUAAGACCUCAAAGGAAUACGUCUUAGAGAGGCAUCUCAAGCGCGAAGAGGCUCUGCUGCCUGAUGCUACUCCUGUCAAAGUGUUUCGGAAUAAAGGGAAGGCGUCUAAAGUUGAAGAGGAAAAUGUUUAUCUCCGAAAGGACGUUGUAACAGUAAAGAGUGCUGAGACCUGGCACAAGCAAGGCCGAGCCCCUAUAGAAGGUGUUCAGCCACUCAAGCAUGCCCCUUAUAGAGCGGCCACGACCAACAGACGGAGAGAGAUUGCUGAGGCCGAGGCGGCGACAGGGCAGAAAGCCAUGCAGCCCUUGUAUAGUUUUGACCAGACGGAUUGGAUCAUACCUCCCCCUAUCCAGAACGGAGUAAUUCCGAAGAACGAAUAUGGGAAUAUUGAUAUGUUCGCAGAGCACAUGUGUCCAGAAGGUGCCAUUCACGUCCCAUAUCGCGGCGUGGUUCGUGUAUGCAAGCGCUUAGGAGUUGAUUACGCAGAAGCGGUUGUCGGUUUUGAAUUUGGUCAUCGGAUGGCUGUACCUGUUAUUCAAGGCGUAGUUAUUGCCGAGGAAAACUACGAACGUGUAAUGGAGCAACUUGAGAAAGACGAGGCGGAACGGGCAAGAAAGGAGAACGAGAAGCGGCGCAAAGAGGUUCUCACCAUGUGGCGGAAACUCUUGAUGGGCUUGCGAAUCGCAGAAAGAUUCAAGCAGGAUUAUGGCUACCUGGACGAGUCGGUAGAAGUAUUCGGGCACGCCCCCGAUAAUGACAACGCCUUCGAGGCCAUGCGCGCUAGAGACGAGGAUAUGGCUGGCGGAUUCUUGCCUGAAGGAUACGAGGAGGAAGUGGCCGAGGAGAAAGAGGCCCCUCGUCAAACCUCUGGGUUCUUCCCAGCGGGUGGCGAGGAAGAAGAUUCGGAGGACGAGGAGGACCCCUUCGAAGUAGAUUAUGGCAAGCAACAGGAGAUAGAACAAGAUGCUCCUGUCGAAGAGUCUCCCGAGCCGGAAGUCCCAGCUAAAGCAGCACCCAAAAAAGCCCUUCCGAAGCCCAAGGCUAAGCCGAAACAGUCUGCGCGAAGACGAACUCGAAGGAGGCGUGCGGUCUCUUCUGAUGAGGAUAGCGAGCAGGAUGGCGACUUCGUGGCUGAUGAUAGCGAGUGAUGUGAGGUAUAUUUACCUAGGUAUAUAUAAUGCUGAGACGAAUUUUACGCAUUGUUUAAAA